CAACUUCCAUGUUUCACACUUAUUUGUGUAGACUGUGGUUUCACACAUCAAGCUCUGGCUUUUGAAAAUAUCCGAAGCUCUCUACGUCACCUGUGUGUUAUAUAGUCUGAUGUGGUGCUUCUAGGCCAGAAGCUGCUGCACGUGUAGAAGAUGUUUAACCCCAACAUCCUGCUCCAGCAGUUCCAGCAGCAGCUCCAACAGCACCAACAACAGCAGCAGCAGCAGCAGCAGCAACAGCAGCAGCAACACCACCACCAACAGCAACAACAGCACCACCACCACCACCAACAGCAACAACAGCACCACCACCACCAACUCCAGCAUCAGCAGCAGCUUCAGCACCACCACCACCACCAACACCACCAACUCCAACAGCAGCAACACCACCAGCUCCAGCAGCAGCAGCAGCAGCAGCUUCAUCAUCAGCAGCAGCAGCAGGUCCUCCCGCGGCAACACAUCCCAGCGGGCCGCACUCCGACAGCACAGCUGCCCGCUCCACAGACCCCGACCUCCUGCUACCCACACACACACACACACACACAUGGACACCAGGGCCUGCGGUAA